CCAACCCACGUAUGUGGCUUAACCUAAAACCAACUUCCACCUCUUCCGAAACUCUACCUCUGCAUCUGCCUCCGUUGGGUGUCGCCACAGCAGUUCUACACUAGCAAUCUCGUCGAUUCGUUGUUGCUCCGACUCCAAACAUGAGGCCGAUUCUGAUGAAAGGGCACGAGAGGCCCUUGACUUUCCUCAAAUAUAACAGGGACGGGGACCUCCUUUUCUCGUGCGCCAAAGACCAUAAUCCAACGGUCUGGUUCGCCGACAAUGGCGAGCGCCUCGGCACCUACCGUGGCCACAACGGUGCCGUUUGGUGCUGCGAUGUCUCCAGAGACUCCGCGCGCCUCAUCACCGGUAGCGCCGAUCAGACCGCCAAGCUGUGGAACGUUCAGACCGGUCAGCAGCUAUUCACCUUUAAUUUUGACUCUCCGGCAAGGGCGGUUGACUUCUCAGUCGGCGAUAGGCUCGCAGUCAUAACCACAGACCCCUUCAUGGAGCUCUCUUCUGCGAUUCACGUCAAGCGCAUCGCCAGCGACCCCGCAGAUCAGGUUGGUGAGUCGGCUCUGAUACUCAAGGGACCUCAGGGAAGAAUUAACAGAGCUGUUUGGGGGCCUUUGAACAGAACCAUCAUAAGCGCAGGAGAAGACGCUGUUAUUCGUAUUUGGGACUCGGAGACUGGCAAACUACUUAAGGAGAACGAUAAGGAAGUGGGUCACAAAAAGACGAUAACAUCACUUGCAAAGUCUGUUGAUGGUUCGCAUUUCCUCACUGGCUCGCUAGAUAAAUCUGCCAAGCUUUGGGAUAUUAGAACGUUGACGCUUAUCAAGACCUACUUGACGGAGCGUCCAGUCAAUGCCGUUGCAAUGUCUCCUCUUCUUGAUCAUGUGGUACUUGGUGGUGGUCAGGAUGCAUCAGCUGUCACCACAACUGAUCAUCGUGCUGGGAAAUUUGAAGCCAAAUUCUAUGACAAGGUUCUUCAAGAAGAGAUUGGAGGUGUUAAAGGGCAUUUUGGACCUAUAAAUGCUUUGGCUUUCAAUCCUGAUGGAAAAAGUUUCUCAAGUGGAGGUGAGGAUGGUUACGUACGUCUACAUCACUUUGACUCGGAUUACUUCAACAUCAAGAUUUAGGUUUGCAGCAUACUUUGAUAUCAAUUCUCACUUUGGAGCGUGCUGGAAAAGCUAUUUCGCCCUUUUCCAAACCAGCAGUUUCCAGCAAUUAUUUCUGUAGUUCUGGUAUUGUGAUUAAACAACCAUGUUCUGUGUUUGCUUGUUGUUGGAAGAAAAACAGUUUUGUAGAAGAUUCUAGAGAUGAGAUGAUCAUAUUUAUCCUUCUAGUCGUUCCAAUAACUUAUCUGAUUUGAAUUUGACUUGUAGUUUUAGCAAGUUGGAGAAACAAGAGAAAAACAAGACAGCUGAUAGAAUUCGUAUUUGAAUAUUA